AUGAAGGAGGAGGGGCAAGCGGAAGACGGCGGCAAUGCGCAGCCAUUGCCAUCCCAGCCCGCUGACGAAGGGCAGCCGCACUCACCGGAGGGGUCGCAGCAUGAAGCCUCCCAUAGGAAGCCAGAUGCGAUCGAUGAGACAGGCAUCAGCUUCGACAUCUCCGGUAGCUCACAGAUCGGCUCGUCAGUGAGGAGAACGAGCAGGAAGAACGAUGGCGUCGACUCGAGCUGGCACAACAUGGACGGGACGGUUGCUGGAGGGAAGAGAAAUUACUUCGCAAACCGUGCGAUCCUUGCUCAUGGACCCCCUCGUCCAAAGCCGAACCCCGCAGAUGUCAAGCUGAUGGACUCAGCCAACAUCUCGCAUGAGUUCUACGUGCCUUUCUCUGAGAUCCAGUGGAUUUCUAACCUUUCCGAAGGAGCCAUGGGAGAAGUGCACCGAGUGAAGUGGAGAGGUCACGAUUGUGCUGCCAAACAGAUGAAAGGAAAGCACAUCUCCAAUACGAGCUCCCAAAUGUACAAGGACAUUCUCAAGGAAAUCUACAUUAUGUCCAAGAUAGGCUUUCACCCGCAUAUCGUAGCCUUCUACGGUGUCUGCUCGGGGCCCGGAGGAAAUCCAGUCAUCCUCCUCGAGCUGGUCAACGGCCCCACGCUUGACCACUUUCUCGCCAGCAUGGAGGGCAUGCAGCUGCACUGGAGGAAGCAGCGGCCAACGCUAGCGGCCUGGACUAGAGGCCUUCUCAAGGGACUGGCGUUCUUGCACGAUCGGGAACCCAUGAUCAUGCAUCGCGAUUUGAAGCCAGGGAAUCUUUUGCUGGCAGAGGGUUUGCGCACGAUCAAGAUUGCAGACUUUGGAGAUCGUCUGCAACGAACGCUGACGGGCAUGACGGGCACAAGAAGAUACAUGGCACCUGAGGUGUAUGGCUGCAAGCAGGGCGUGUACACAGAAAAAGCUGACAUCUAUAGCUGCACGCUUGUCAUGUGGGAGAUUGCAACGGGGGUCAAACCUUUCUCGGAUGUUCCUCCAGCUGAGCUUACGAGCCUCAUUGAGAAGGGAUGGAACAGAGUGCCCGAAUCUCGCCCGACGGCCUUAGAGAUGCUACAGGAGCUCGAGGGCCUUCCAGGCCUGCCUGAUCCUUCAGUGGAGAUAAGCCCCAUGGGCAGGUGA